CAGGGUCUGUUAUACCACGAGCUUGACUUUAACAACAUCUAUGUUGCUAAGCAAACAGUCAAUUGUGUCAGACACUAUUCACGGCCAGACAUAUUCAGCUUGCAGGUGAACAGCAAAGUGAACCAAGCCGUUGUUGGUACUACAUUAGAAGCACCAUUCCUACACAAGACAAGAUUUCCAGCCCUAGAUGAGGAACCUUAA